UUCUGUUUGGCUGUGAGUUUAUUGAAACCCGUGUAGGACCGUCUGGAUAGGGGAGAGAUGGAUUUCUUCUGUAUCUCUGACUCAGCCUGUUCCAUGGCACCCCAGAAGAAACUGCAGGGUCUGGUUGCAGCCAUCAUUACCCCAAUGACUCAGGACGGAAACAUCAAUCUCUCUGUGAUCAGCCAAUAUGUGGACUACUUAAUAAAUCAGCAGGGUGUCAGGAAUGUUUUUGUGAAUGGAACAACAGGAGAAGGUCUAUCCCUAAGCAUUCAGGAGAGGAAACAGCUGGCAGAGGAAUGGGUGACCCAGGGCAAGGAGAAGCUGGAUCAUGUAAUAAUUCACGUUGGAGCACUGAGUUUACCUGAAUCAAAGGACCUGGCCAAGCACGCAGCCCAGAUAGGAGCAGAUGGCAUAUCUGUCAUCUCCCCUCUUUUCUUCAAAGACGUGAAUAAAGGUGAAUUGGUUGCCUUCUUCCGGGAUGUCGCAUCUGAAGCUCCUGACAUCCCAUUCUAUUAUUAUCACAUCCCUCCUAUAACUGGCAUUAAAAUUCGUGCUGAAGAGUUACUAGAUAGUAUGAAAGAACAGAUUCCCACUUUUCGGGGGGUGAAGUUCAGUGACAGAGACCUCCUGGAUUUGGGGCAAUGUGUACAAAAAAGUGAACAAGGCCGGUUUGUAGUUAUGUAUGGUGUGGAUGAGCAACUCCUGAGCGCACUGGUGAUGGGAGCGACUGGGGCAGUUGGAAGUACAUAUAACUACCUGGGCAAGAUAAAUAACUUAAUGUUGGAAGCUUUUGCCUCUGGAGAUUUCUAUACAGCACAAAAAUAUGAGUUUUGUAUUCAGGACUUCCUCGGUUUUCUCAUUUCACUAGGCUUUGGUGUUCCGCAAAUCAAAGCAGUCAUGACAUUAUUUUCCGGGAUCCCAAUGGGGCCACCACGACUUCCACUUUCAUGUGCCUCUGGGGACUUCAUUGCUAAAGCAAAAGCCAAACUGGAGAGCCUGAAGGACUGCCUCUCUGGGUCAUUUUGAACAUGAGAUGUUCACUGUGGUCUUAAAAGAAUAGUCCAUAAAUUUGGUAAAACAGCCUAGCCUGAAAGGUAAUAUUUGGAAUACUUGCUGAUUACACCAUUUUCAUGAAAGAUUCUGCUAGUGUGUCUGGACUGGGCCGCUUUCUAUCCAGAACAAUCUAUAUCUUCUGGCCUUGUGUGGAAGAUGAUACCUGCUUUCUAGUCCGCCAAUGCUGUGAAGUUUUCCAGGGGGAAGAAACCAACUUUGAAAUAGGAGGUUUGCAACAAGAAUGUCUUGUCUCCUGAAAUCCUUCUGUAGUAUUAGUGAGCAGGGCACACUUUAAACCAACCAACUGAUGUAUUUUUUAUUACUUUCAUAUCUCAAAGCAGUGUGAAGAAUAAUUUGGUGUUUAAAGCUCUACAUUGAUAGAACCCAAACUCUGGGAAUCUUUUAGAUUUGCUAAGUUCUUGAAAUCUGCAUGCUGUUGAAAACUUUCAAAAUAGGAACACGUCCAAUUGGAAUAACAAUUGUGAUUAAUGAGUGUUCUCUGGCUUUUGUUUUUAAACAAGUGCCAACUUUAAAAUAAUGAAGGAGCAAAAGAAAAGAAAGGAAUAAAGCUUUGUGUACACUCCUGAACUGGAUGGCUGAAAAGCAAAGUGUUAUUUGAAAAAGAACCUGGGAUUUCAUCUCAACUUUUCUAGGAUACAUGUAAUAUAACUACAUGCAUUCAUCUUUACUGAGAAGUAAAUCAUGAAAUGGAACUUAUUCUCAACAUGGUAUUUUGAGCCUUUGGAAACCACAUGGGGUUUUUUUACUAUCAAGUUUUCAAUCAUAGGCAGUUUAUGAGAUGUUCAAUGUUAUCCUCAAAGUAUAUUAUAAAUUUAAUACCACAGGAAGAGAAGGGAAGGAUUUUAUACUAGCCUUGGAUGACCCUGUUUUGAUGUGAAAAUGACCAUUUGUAAAGCAGGCACCUCCCUGAUUAAACCGAAUUCCAAUGAUUAGAAGGCUACUAGGAUCAGAAAUGAUAAAGGAGACUAUACAUCAUGGGAAGAAACUCCUUCCCAUCUGAUAAUAUGCUAGAUGUGUUGGACCAACUCCCAUCUCCAAGCCAUCAAUAUUAUUUUGGUUGAUCAUGGGAGUUCUAGUUCAACUAAAUGGAUGCAAACUUGGAGGCUGUAGCAGAUGUUGUCAUUCUGUGACCAAACAGUUAUUUAGAAGUAAUGUUGACUUCUUCUUUAAAGGGGCUGCAAGAGGUAGUAGGAUCUUGAAUUUAAAACAACAUUCCUGUGAAAUUAACUUGUUAUAUUUUUUUUGUAAUCCAUGUUGUUGUUGACAGAUUUUCCCUUUUGCUGGUCAGUUAGGGAAAAAUGGAAGUUCUUUACUAAUAAUUAGUAUGCAUCAAGUACAUCCUGACCAUUACAGUACAUGUUUAUCAUACAGUUGUAAGGAUUGCCUACCCUAAUAGACUCAGACUCACAAGCAGGAACUUAAUGAUAUCUGAUUUAUUAAAGAAUAGUAUGCAAAUACAGAGAAAGCUGAGAAUGAGCAAAAGCGCACCAAAUACCAACUAAAAACCCUCGGCUCAAACAUAAUCCCUCUCCUCACCCUGCCGUUGCAAACUCCCCCCCCCCCCAAGGUGCUGGUAACCGUUUCUGCUGAUGUCCUGGGAAAGGAACCUUGAACACAGGAGAUAACCCAAACACAUUCCAAUCCAGCUGCGAACAUAUAACAAUCCCACGAGAUGGAAUCCUCCUCCCCUCCCAGACGAAACACGCAUCAGCCAAAUGACAUGCGAAACGUUACGAUGUACCGGCAACAUUGGAACGGUGAACAUGACACAGUAGAUUAAUAUAAAUAUAGAUGACUUUGAAAUAAAAUAAAUUUUUCUGGGACACUUUUGGGUGGGAGAAAAUAGUCUAUCCAGAAUUUACUAGUGAUCUGCUAUGCCUUGGAUUAAUCUCUGAGUAUAUAGUGUAACAAGAGUAUUUCUUGAAAUUUUCAGUGUAUUUUUUCCCAUUACUGACUGACUACAGCAUGUUGAUAGCCAUUUAGGAUUAAAGUAGAGGGCACCGGUUAGUGGCAGAUUUUAGACUUAAAUUCCUUGCAGAAAUAUCCUAGGAGUCCUCUGCCAAGAAAUACCAUUACUGUCUGAGCCAUACCCUUGAGUUGGUAGAGGUAGGACCUCAAGGUGCACUUUCAAAGCUAACAUCAAAUGUAUUUCCACUUCUGUUAUCUUAAUAAAUAUGGAAAUAUGUUAAAGGUU